AUUUUCAGUAUCAUACAACAUCUCCAUGAUCAUUCUUCCUCAAAUGAGUUAUGACGUAAUGAUUGCUCCAAUCCAUCAUUAUCGAGACGUUGGGGGGACACGCACAUAGAGCAAAGGCCCAAUUCAUGCUAAAAGCUUGAACGUUGCUUUUAGCGUGAAAGCAAGUAAUCACGUCGAGAAUGGACCAUUAUUAGUGAUGCCGCCUCAAAAUCUCCAAAUAACCUGGUCGGAAUCGGACCACAUUCCCACUUUGACCAUUCCUUUCAUUAAGCAUGGACUUAGAGUGCUCAAGUGGUGGGUAUGAGGUCUCUAUGCACAUUAUCAUUUCCCCCUGGCUGUCCACUCGAAUUACCCGUUCGGUUCCCAUUUCUUCCUUCUCACCCGGGUCUCACCCGGUCCACGAGCCCUUCCCAAGAACGAGGGAAGGGCGGAUUGCCUUUCUCUCGCUCUUCUUUGAAGUUGGAGAGAGGGAAAAGGAACAGGAACACUACAAGUGAGCGGCGAUCGUCCGACAGGUUGUGAAGAAUGGGAACUCGGGUGGUGAAAGCCGGGUUCAGUCGGGUCGGGUCAGUCACCGGGGUGCCGAAUAAAAAGUCUAGCCGUGGGAUUCGCUCUUCUCCACGAUUGGGGGCUACACUGCGAGCUUUUCUUGAAAGGCCAUCCUGAUGAGAAUGAAUUUUCCCAAGACGAGAUCUUGGCCGGCAAGACCGAGGGAACAAAUGCUAUGCAGCCUUGUUCCUUGUUGAAGGAGGAGAGAGAGUAGUUUGAAAGUGGAAAAAUGACGACCACUCGCGAAUUGAACUUGCCGCGAGCCAGGCCAAUGAUUGUGAACCCACCGUCAGAUUGAGUGUCGUGGAGGGAGGGAGGAGGGACUGUGAGAUGGGGACGGGCCCGCGAGCUUUAUGGACAGACCCGAAAGAAACUCGGGGAGGAAAAGUCAUGUUGGAACUUGGGGGAACCAGACGAGUAACCACCACAUUGUGCGUGUGUCUCUAAAGAAUUUGAUUGGACGAAGAAAGGAACUCCUUUCGAGGAGGGUUUCAAGAUGUGAAGAUAACACAAUGUUUGGUGGUGGAAGAGGGUAAUCUUUUAAGGUCCGUGAACGAACCCGGACAAAUGAACGCAAUCCGUGUUAAAGUUGAGUGAUUGUUUUCGAAUCGUUGGGCCCAUUCAAAGCCAACAUAGCCCUUCAUCAUUCCGUUUUGGAUUCACCGAUUCCCCUCCAUCCCCGCCCUCCCUUGGCGCUUGCUGCCAAGUUUCCAACAUGGAAACGCCCAAAAUUAGUUCCAGUGUUCCAAGAAGCAGGCGAAGCUCACUUCGUCGGGGAGAGGAUCGCAUUCGACACCUACUAAUGGCCUUAUGCUUGAUGAUUACAUGGACAAUUUCAUCAAGCCAUGCAAACGGACCACCAGACACAACAUUGUGUCCAUUAAACGAGUACAUUGAUGAUAGUGAUGAGACCGUGCGAGAGUUCUUCGAGUGCCCGGGUUUAGAGGAUCCUCCAGACCACCGAUUAUGCUGUGAGGAGAAAUGUUGUCCGCUCGUAGAGAUUGACUCGGUUCUCAAGGUGGACAUCCGGAUAGCCAUGAUCAUUUCGCUGAGCGUGAUCUGUCUUUGUGUAUUUACGGGCAUCGUGAUCGUACUUUGCUGCUUCAUAUCCUCUUGUCCUCUCUAUGAUGUGUGCUUGGGUGGAUGGGGCUCGGACGAAGCUCCCAAGAAUUACCCGCCAUACUUGGGACCAGGUUACAUUCCAUCCGAUAUGCAUCCACUCACACUCAAUGGCGGAUCAAAAAUUACAGAGAAGGAGCAUACCAUCGCAGACGGGAUAUCUCCAAUCAAGUUGGCCACGGACGCUGACCACGUGUGACUUUAGUUGACUUUGUGUCCGAGGACGAAAUCUCAUUUAUCAGUAUUACGACCUCUCCGGACGGUUGGACUUUGUACAAAGUCCGGCAUAAUGCCAUUCGAUGAAAUCAACCGCGAUGGCGCCAACGUCCCCCACUGCCUUAUCCAUUUAUCACAUUGAUCUCUUUUGAUUUGGAAAUUCACACUCCUCCUCGAUUUCUCGAGGCCAUGGUUUCAUUUAAUCAGUAUCAGUAUGCUACUAAAGGAAGCCCAAAUAAAAGCGAUGUCAACACGCACUAAAGAUUCACAAA